CACUGAGAAACUAAAACACUAAAUGUUGCUAUGUCUUACAUAUGUCCAAGAUCUUUUGACCAUGUCUGUUGUGAACAAAGGUGUGUUGUGAAAUUUUGCUAUUUCAAGCAAAGACUGUAACUAUAUAACUGAAUCAAUGGUACACAGAUGCUUGACAAGCACCCCUCCUUUUCUUUCAACAUGGACUAGCCCAAACAAUAUUUGAUUAGUCUGGUUGCCUCCUUCCUUCCCAGAGAGUUGGAUGGCAAAGAACAUUGCCAUCAUGACUCCUACAUGCACCUUUCUGUUUGCUGUGUGCUUGAGUAUGGGUACUGCUGGGUGGGCACUGCCCUUUGACUGGUACAUGGGCUUCUCUGUUCCUGACCUGUUCCCGAGACCAGAGCCUCCGUGCAACAAGGAGUGUUCUUGUUCAGAUGAAAAGAUUGACUGCAACGGAAGGGGUUUCACCACGGUGCCUGAGCUGACAACCAAGCAGUACAUGCACUACCAAACCUGGCUUGAUGAGAUUGACGUCAGCUACAAUCAGAUCACACGGAUUCUUGACUCCGACUUGAGGACAUGGAAGCCAAUAUCCUUUACCAAAAUCAAGUUCAACAACAACCAGAUUGUCCAGAUCGAGGCCAGCGUCUUCACAAUCUUUCAUCGCAGUGAGCGUCUCUCCCUGGCCAACAACAUGCUGACUACCUUCCCCUGGACGGCUCUCAAGGCGUCUUCCUUCCUCACCAGCCUGGAUCUGAAGAACAACAUGCUCGCCUCGGCUCCCAACAGUGCCCUGCGGGGUCAGCGACAGUUGAGGGAGUUCAACAUCCGGAACAACCGCUUCACCGCGCUGCCGACCAGCUUCUUCCGCUACAACAAACAGCUGCAGAAGGUGUACCUGGGAGGCAACCCAUGGAGGUGUGACUGCAACAACAACUGGCUGCGUCAGUACAUGGAGGAGAAGAAACAUGUCGUCCAAGAUGGAGAAACCAUCAUCUGUGACCAGCCCAUCCAUCUGACAGCGAUGCUAGCCAUGGCGCUCCCAAAGAGCACCUUUGAGUGUCUCCCACCGCACAUCAACAAGGUCUCCCACUAUCCGCAGGAGUUCAGCCUGACGGAGGGGCAGGCAGCCUUCAUGACGUGCAACGCCAGUGGUGAGGAGCCCCUCACCGUCCAGUGGCUGGACCCACAGGAGAAACCAGUCACUACCAGGCGCUUCAGCGAAAGGGUGCAGGUGAUGGGAGGGAAGGACGCACUCCUGCUGAUGGUCAAGCACCUGAACAUGGAAGACAUGCCAGGCUACACCUGCAAGGCCUCCAACAGGGGCGGCUCCACCACCACCUUCGUUCCUCUCAACAUCACCUGCACCUCGUCCUGUCCCAGGCCAAUCUCAGCCCCAAAACCAACCCUGCUGGUCACGGCUCUGAAGGAUGUAACAUCCAACCAGGCUCAACUCACCUGGGCACCACAGAAAAGUCCUGAUUGGUAUCACCUGGUGUUUGGCAAGGCAGGUGAGAAGAAGAAGCAGAAGACGGCAGUUGUCAAGGCAAGCGAGGCUGGCUACACCCUGCAGGGCUUGGAGGCUGAUACAAGCUACACCAUCUGCAUUGGAAUGGUGGCUCAUGUCUCCCCAGCUAACUGUCUGUCCUUCCAAACAAAGCCAGCCACCAAUGGGAAGAAAGAAGAGAAGCAAGCUUCGUCCUCCAGUGUCAAUCUUCCAGGGGCUAUCAUUGGAGGAACAGCUGCCGUUAGCUUUCCAUUUGUCAUCUUCAGCCUGGUCUGCCUCUACCUGAAACAUCGCAGAGACAGAGAUGCUGCCAUUGUGGCCGCUGCAGCGGCUGCCCAGCUCCAGCAGAGUGCCAUGCUGUGGCACACCAACAGGAAGAUGACCUCACCACACCAGGGAGAGAUGAACGACUACUUCACCCGUUCUGACAUGCACGGCCGCAACCAAGCUCCGCUGGGUAACGCUCACAAGCACGCACAGCCCAUUCCCAGCCAAGGGAUGGAGCAGCACCACCACGGCUACAAACCAAACAUCCCUCCCAACGACCUCGGCCACUGGAAGAUGAACCAAAACAACCUGACCCCGAUGAACCCACCACAGGCCAUCUACGAGGAAGCCUGCCCCGUGAUCAGAGGCAACGCCCCCCCACCCCCCAUCCCCAGGGAUGUCAACAUCUCCAUGGCAACUGAAGACAUCUACGGCACGGCUUAGUGACGGUCCAAUCAGGUCAAAAGUCAAGGAAAGCCAAGUGAUGAGAAAAGUCAAUGUUACCAGUUUUUUGAGUGAGCCCCUCUCUUUUGUAAAUUAACACCUAUGCUGUUCCCAGAAUGAAGAGAAGCAUGAGAAACUACAUCACAGCCUGGGAACUCAAUCAUUGAAUGAACAUCACAAAAUACUUCCCCCUGUCCAUAGUACUGAAACAAUGAUCUCACAACACUGUCCCUGUCCAUGGUACUGAAACAAUGAUCUCACAACACUGUGCCUGUCCAUGGUACUGAAACAAUGAUCUCACAACAC